AUGUAUAAGGCAGUUGUAAGUAAUUUAGAACGAACUCGUCAGCGAAUACAAGAAGAUGUUUAUGUCAAAACAAGUUUGCCACCACAAGUCGAAGGUCCCGUACACUCAAUAUUAAUUUUGCAUAUACCAAAAUUGCGAUGGUAUUCAAAGCAACCUCCUUGUAAAUUUGCUUAUGUGAAAAUAGCUUGGUGGGGUGAGGACGACAGUUCAUCCGUAUUCAGACCGCAAAUAUCGGGUGCCUUACCAGAUUAUAGACAAAAACCAUGUACAACAGCCAAAUAUUAUGUUCGAAGUGAAAUGAAACAGUUUUCGAAAUAUUUAACAGACGCUACGGAACUUGUACUAAAGGUUUUUGAUACUGAUACAAAUCGUUUACUUGGAAUUGUUAAGGUGCAAAAUUUAUCAACAUUGAAUAUCAAUAAUCCAAUAAAAGGUUAUUCACCUAUUUUUACAAACAAAGGAGAAAAAUUAGGGGAUUUAUUUGUUUCCAUCAGAAUAUUACUGCCUGGAACUAAUGAUAGUAAUGAUUAUUUGGCUUGGAGUGGUUCUGACAUUAGUAAUCCAGUAUCCAGGCGAAGUUCUGAAGGAGGAAACGAAAAUUAUCAGGCUGAUACAAUUGAAAAUGGUAUGCGAACAUAUACAUUAGAUCGUGCAUCUAGCGCUGAAUAUUUAAAUUCUUUAUCUAACCCAAUACCUGCUCAUCGAUCGAAUUCCAGUCAUAAUAAGACUGAUGGAGCAGAAAUUGUACCAUUUCGUGCCUAUGUUAAAGAUAAUCAACAAAAAUCGCAACAAUAUUCAAAACAUAAAAACUUACCCACUGGUACAGUGGUCGAAGCAUUAAUCGAACGUGCACAACGAUUACGUGAAGACAUGAUAAAAUCAUCAUUGAAUAAAGAUAAAGAUGUUAAUCUAAAUACAAGUAUAAUUGAUAUACCUGUUGAAAAAAACGGAAUGGGUUUAAAUAAUAACGCAUUGUUAGAUGCAAAAUCAUUAGCUGUAUCUCUAUCAUCGGAUAAUAAUCAAACAACUGCUUAUGAUUUAUUAGGUAUCAAAAAUACAAAUGAAUCAGAAGAAUCAAUAUUAUCGGAUUUAGACGGUUUAGAAUAUGAACAAAGUUUAUUAGAUGACUUAUUAUACGGUACAAAUGGAAAAGGUGAUUCAAAUUUAAUGUCAAUGUCGUUUAAUAAUGAUCAACAACAACAUCAACGAAGACAUUCAUCAAAGUCAGACACAGAAAUAAUAAAUGGUCGACCACCGACAGGUAGACGAUUACAAAGUCCAAAUCCAAAUGGUGGUCGAAUUAGUCGAGCUUUAAAUAGUCGUAGUCCGAGUCGUAGUCGAAGUAGAAGUUUAGCAAGAAGUACAGAUAGUGAUUCAGCAUCGAGAGUAUCAUUUGAUAUGCCAAAUUCAGAUGUUGAAUCAAGUGGAAAUGGUAAGAAAAACAUUAUUUUACCAUUUAAAAUAUUAGCAAUUCAUUGUACCUUUCUAGAAAGCCAAAGUGGAGACGGGCUAAGUGCCGAACGUAUCAGACUUCUUGGACAUGUACAUACGGCUCGUGUUAAAAUUGAUCGUUUAAGUUUAAAUGCAUUAUCAAUCGCAUCUCGAAAUAGUGGACGUGAGUCGCCAACACAUGCUUCAUUUGGACGAACAACAAAAUCACCAAAAAAAGCAACAACCUAUUUUGUUGAAUAUCAAUUUCCUGUUAUUGCUAAUAGUCGUGAUGGACAUGUACAUGGGGCAACCGAAGUAAUGAAAAUUGCUUCAAAACGUUUUGAAUCAAAUAAUGAUAUUAUAUUUAAUCAUUUUUCAUCAUAUCCUGUAUUAUUAAAUGAUGAAACAUUAAAAAAUUGGUGGCGUUCAUUGUUAAUAUUUAAAAUAUAUAGUCGUUUACCAGGUAUGAAUAGUCCCGUUCAAAUUGGUUUUUGCGUAUUACCAUUACGAAAUGUUUUAAAAGCUGAAUAUUUACAUAUUGAAGAAGAUUUAAAUGUUAUUGAUCGUACACAAUUAAAUAUAAAUAAUAAAUUACCAAAUAAAAUUGCAAAAAAAUUUUUAAUUGGAAAUUUAAAAUUAAUGUUAGAAUUAAAUUCUGAUUCAAAAGAUUUUAAAUAUGAAUUAGAUCGUACACGUUUGCAAGAAAAAUUAAAUCCAAAUAAAAAAUUAUUAUCUAUUUGUUCACCAACAUCACCAAAACGAAAAUCAUUAACAAAAAAAUCAUCAAAAAAGAAAUUGAUUAAGUCAACAAACAAUGAUUACAUAUUACCAAAAACAUUUGAAAGUGGAGGUUUUAUUAACAAUAGUCGACUGAAUGAGUUCGAUGGAUCAAUGGCAAUGAAUGGUGAAGCAACUGUUGUACAAAUUCUAUUAUCAGUACUCGAAGCAAGAAAUAUAACACAACCAACGAAUGGACCAUCUAAAAAUUUACCAUGUAAUCCGUAUUUUAUUUCACGAAUGUUCUGGAAUGAUGGACCAUUAACAUCAAUUGUGUGUUGGGGAACUUCAACACCACGUUUCAAUUUUGAACAACGUACACCACUUUUAUUAUCAACAUCAACAUUAGAAAAGAUGCAUCAAAAUUUUUUAGUCAUUGAAGUAUGGGAUAAAAAAAUAUCAUCGCCCGCUGAUACAUUGAUUGGUAUUCUUAAAGUAUCAUUACAUCAGUUUUAUCUAUCAUUUAAAGAUAAACGUAUUAGUCAAGUGUUAUUAAGUGCACAAUAUCCAAUACUUGGAGUUGAUUCAUGGUUACCGAUCAUUGAUCCAUUCACGGGUAAAUCAAAGGGUGAAUUACAAGUAUUAUUGGCUAUGGGUACAACUGAACAGAUAACCGCUUUACAAAUAGUUCGUGGAGAUAAUAUUCAAACCAAAAAUCUGAAUAACAGAAUAAUUCCGUCUAAUUCUAAUAAUACUGGUCAUCGUUCCGAUCAUUCAGGCCCAUUUGAUAUGAUCGAUUUAAAUAGUCAGUUGAUGGAACAUCAAUUUGAAAUAAUGAUUGAAGGUAUAAAUGGUUUGCGAGCAUUUGAAUCAAUGGUAUGGGGUGAAAGUGAUUGUUUUAUACAAUAUCAUUUUCCUGCACAAAUUGAUAAACAACAACAACAACAAUCAACAAAUACAAACAUUAUCAAUGGUACAACGAUAAAUAAAAAUAAAUUAACGUUUGAAAUGCGCGUAAAUCGUACAGCAGCCACAUUGUGUACAAGUGAUCCGACAUUUCAUGAUUGUGGAAAAUUUCGAUAUAUUUUAUCCCCAACAGAAGCGCUACAUAAAUCGUUUUUUGCUGCCUGUCAAUCUGUCUCACAUGUUGAAGCUUCUAUAUCUUUCGAGGUAUGGACAAGAUUUUAUUAUCCGAAUAUACGUGAUCAAUUGUUAGCAAAGGGCAAAUUACCCGCAUCAAAACUAUGUAGUAUGACAACAAUGUUGAUAAAUACAGAGGAUAAAGCAAUUCAGUCUUUUCGAAUACCGUUGGAAAUAGUUCGUGAUGAAUCUCAUAAUGAACAACAUUACAUAUCAUCAGCAUCAGCAUCAUAUGGCGGAGAUUUACUUGUGACUGUAACAUACAGACGAAAUAUUAUAAAAAGAGAUGAACGUCAGCUUCAACAAGCUAUCGUCGAUAGAAUCAAUGGCUCUCAAGUGUGCCUUUCUGUGGGUAUAAUACGUGCUUGUGGACUAAAACAUGCAGCAAAAUUACAAGCAGUUCAUAAUUCAUGUUUAAGUUAUCCGUCUCAAGUUGGCGUAAAUGCAUAUGUGAAAUUAUCAUUGUCAUUUCUGUCUGAUAUGGAAUCACGUGUAACUCGUACAGUAGCCCGAUCAUUUGUACCAGAAUUUAAUCACUCAGGUGAUUUUCCGCUACCAUUAUUAUGGAGUGAUAAGGGAAGUGAUUCAAUUUCAUUAGCUGAAAUGCUAGAACAUGGUGAAUUAAGAAUUGAUAUGUAUCAUCAAAUAACAUCCAAUGAGAAUGAAAGUUUAACAUCUCACUCGCCGACAACAUCUACAGGAAAUCUUCCGCUGUCAACUAUCAUGAUGAGAACUGGUGGAUUAGUUUCACAGCAAAAAAACGUAACACAAUCAAAAGAUGUACACUUAUGUUAUUGUACAAUACCGUUACGAGAACUAUUAGCAAGAAAUACAGGUGUAAAAGGUUGGUAUCCAUUAUCAAAUCCAAGCCGUACAUCGAAUGAUCAAACAUCAACUGCAAUGUCAUCGAUCGAUUCGGCUCAAAACUGUGUGGGUGGCUUAGAAUUAUUCGUUAGAUUUGCUCAACAGGAUGAUCGACGUCGUGUGAUUGAUUUUGCUAAAACCGUUGGAUGGUUAGCUGAUAAUUAUACGGACGAAGAACAUUUUCUUGAUGAUCAAAAAGAUCUGGGAUGUCUCGUAACGGUGUCUAUUGAUCGUAUUCAAUUUCCAGUUUAUUUGGCCACUCGUCCAGGAAAAGAUCGAAUUGAUGAGAAAACAAGUGUAUUUGUUCAAUAUCGACUUUACGAUAAAAUGCCUAUCAUUACUAAACGAAAAAAUAUCAUUAUUGAUAAACAAAAUGUUAGUUGUGAAUUAAAAUUUACUAAAGAACAUUUAUUUUUGUGUAGUUCACCUUUUAUAUGGUAUUUACGUGAAGAAAAAUUUGAAAUUCAGAUAUGGACUAGUGAAAGUGAUUAUUAUGAACAAGAACAAUCAUCGACAGAUAAGUUAAUUGGUUCCAUUUAUAUUGAUUUAAACAGUCUGUGUGAUCGUAAACGUAAAACACAUCGAUUAAGUGCUAUAUUACCAAUGUUUAAACAUGGAACAAAAGAUUUAGCAGGUGCCUUCGUACAAACACAUAUAACAAUAGAUAAAUCAAAAGAUUUUAAUGAACUACGAAGUCGUGGUGUGGAUUCAUCAAAUGAUGCCGAAAUUGAUUCUUAUUUGGAAAAUCGACAUUUAAACCUAAUUUUACCAGAUAGUGAUCAAUUGCCAAUGAAUAAAGCAUUGCGUACAAUAACAAAUAAUAUCUUUUCUGUUAUUGUUAAUAUAGAACAAGCAGCACAUUUACCAAAUGUUUAUUCAAAAACAGAAAAUGAGCAUGUUCCACCAAAUCCGUAUGUCACAUAUAGUACAGCAAAUUCAGCGCAUUUAUGUAAAACCAAUGUAUUAAAUAAAACUUGUAAGCCAAUCUGGAAUUAUCAACAUCAAGUUAAACUAUCAAUUGAACAUUUAUUCAAUGAAAAGAAAAAUUUUAUAUUAAAAGUUUGGCAUAAAAUUAAUGCUGAUAUCGAAUCUAUACCAGAAAAAUCUGGUGAUAAAGUACUUGGUUUUGUUUCAAUUGAUUUGAGUCCAUUAUUAUCUGGUAUGCAGCAUAUUAGUGGUUGGUAUAAUAUUAUCGAUAUGAUUGGAAAUGUGCAAGGUCAAUUGAAAAUAAGUGUUAUACCACAAGAAGAUUUACUUGAAUUAAAACGUUAUAAAUAUUCGAACUAUAAUUCUUCUCAUAAGCAAGAAAAAAUGGAUUCAUGCCGAUCGACAGCAACAUCAACGACAACAACAACUGCGCUUAAUUUUAUGUCUGAUCUUUCCGCACGAUCUGGUUGUAUAGGUUCGUCAAAUUCUUCGAUGAUUCAUAGUAAUGAUGACGAAUCAAAUAAACAAUCUUUUCUUAUGAAUAAUUUACGUCGUCAAUUAGGAGAAUUAGAUGUAAUUACUGAGCGUUUGAAAGCACGCUAUAAUACUCGAUCGGAUGUAACAUCUGAAACAGAUCGAAGUAGUGUUCCACCACCAUUUGAACAAAAUUCAGGGAUCGGAAGACAAUGUGAUUUAAAUUUACAAUAUCGUUCCCAUUCUGCUUUACCCAUAAUUGAAUCACAACACCAACAAUUGCCUUUAUCUCGUACAAAGUCACCGCUUGAUGUCGAUAUAUCGGAACAUUUUCCUGAAUCAUUAAGUGGCAAACCACUGAUAAGUGAUGGUCUCAAUGUGACCGAUGUUUUGACACUUCAUAAUGAUCAAGUGCGUUUAGCUCAAGAACUCAUGUCAAAAGCGAAUCAUCUACUAGAAACAUCAAAAGAUUUUUUUACAACAGCUGAUGUAAAUGAACAACGAUCAAAUCUUAACAGGAACAAUAACUACAAUAAAAUUAUCGAGCAUCCAACAGAAACAACAUUAAGAACAAAUUUUAAUACGACAAAUGAAUUUCAUACAGCAGAACACGAUAAUGAAAAGCUUGUUGUACAAUCAACAACGGACCAUCGUCAGUCACCAGUUGCACGUCAUCAGUUAACAAGAACGACAGUACAAACAAAUACUAUAGAAAAUGAUGGACAUGUCAGUUCUGAUAGUUCAUUCGAGCAAAACGAUAGUCCGACAGCAAUGAGUCAUAAUGGUCGAUUAAAUCAAACAUCAUGGACGGAUAAUGAAAAUGAUGAUGAUCCAAAUAAUCAGACAUAUUGGCCCAUUGGCGUUCCUCCUAAUCGUAUUAAAACCGCUCCAACACACAUCGAACAGCAGGCCUCUCGUUCUAUCAUUACGUUAUCACCACCAAAGCAAAAUAAGAUAUAUGAUAACGACGGUACUGGUGGUGGUGGCGAUGAAAAAGACGAUGAUGUUGUGAGCAUUCGACCAUUAAACGAUUUGUCAGCAUUUAACUUUGACUGGAAUCAAAUGAAUGCUCAGCGAUUAAACGAUGAUUUUUCACCAUAUGAAUCAGAUCAUAUUCGUACACGGGCAAGAGUGACUGAUACUUCACCAUCACAGAAUCUUCAGAAUUUCUCAGCUAUGAAGGAUAAUAUUACUAUUUCAUCUCCAACAGUCACCACUACUCGGCGAACUAUAUUUUCAACUCAUGAUCAAAUCACUACAAAUAAUACAACGCAUCGAACAUCAUCACCAUCACCUUUGUCGAGAUCAUCGUCUACAGUUAGUGUUGCUCAGUCACAAACUGGUGAAGGAGAAUAUGAAGAAAUUAUUCCAAAACUUGCAAGUCAACGAUCUACAUCAUCAAGAUCCUCUUCAUCGCCGCCUGCGCCAGUAGCACAAAAAUAUGAAGAGAAAUCUCAUGAAUCGUUGAAUUCUGAUACGAGUUGUAUCGAUGCAAAUUGGAUUAAAGAACAAAAAGAACAACAAAAUAAAUUAAGAAAGAUGCAGAAACAACAACAACAAAAAGUGAACGAAGAUUAUUCGAAGCCAGUUAGUACUAUGACAAGUAGAAGUCCACAUUUGUCAUUUCUUGAUCGUCCGUUACCAAAUUUUUUUCCAUCUAAUCACGAAAUGGAAGUUUCAAUGAAACAAGUUUCUCAAGCAUUAGUCACUAAUGAUGCAAAUACUAAAGACAAUGGUAAUGAAUCAUCAUCAACUGUAAUGAAAACAAUUCAACGUUUACGUAAAAAAUCUUCGACAGAAAUAUUACGUGGAGCAUCACCAUUAGAAACUCAACAACAGCAGACAAAUCGUUUAGAAAAAAUAUUCAAAACUAAAUAUACCGCACCAAAUUAA